CCCGCUCCCUGCGCGGCGCCCGGGCGUGGAGCGAGCGGCUGGGCGGCGCACGGGCUCCGGCUCCGCCGGGCUGCAGCGGGCGGGGGCGGCCUCUGCUUCGGGCCGCCAGCGGCUGCCUUGGCCCGCGGUCCUUGCCCGCUUACUGCCGCCGCCGCCAAGCGCAGCCAUGUCGGCCGGGGGCGGCGGGCUGGGGACCCCCCGGGCCCUGCCCUCCUCCGGGCCCCGGGCUCUGCGGGACAUGCCGCACCCGCUGGCCGCUUCCAGCAGCGAGGAGGCGGCCUCCGAGCUCAGCCCCAGCCCGGACCUGCUGCUGCCCCGCAGCUUCGCCGACAAGCUUUCUUCCUGUCAAACCUUGACUGUGCAGUCUGCAGGGGAGGAGAAACUGGAGGAGAAAUGGACAAGAAGCUGCAGGAGGCUCUGGGGAAGCCGCGAAGAAAGGCCAGAUAGGCAGGAGAAGAGCCACCCUACUGAACUGGAUCUCAGUCUGCCCAACGGCACUCCUGUAGAUACUUCCAGCCCAGCCUCCUCCUCCUCACUGCUCAACAGACUGCAGCUGGAUGAUGACUUGGAUGGGGAAACUAGAGACCUCUUUGUCACUGUCGAUGAUCCCAAAAAACAUAUCUGUACAAUGGAGACCUACAUCACGUACAGGGUUACAACAAAGACCACACGGGCAGAGUUUGACUUGCCAGAAUACUCCGUACGCCGACGAUACCAGGAUUUUGACUGGUUGAAGAAUAAGCUGGAGGAAUCUCAGCCCACACAUCUCAUUCCCCCCCUUCCUGAGAAAUUUGUGAUGAAGGGUGUUGUCGAUCGCUUUUCUGAAGAAUUCGUGGAGACGAGGAGGAAAGCUUUAGAUAAAUUCUUGAAAAGAAUUGCAGAUCAUCCAGUCCUUUCUUUCAAUGAACAUUUCAGUGUGUUUCUCACAGCCAAGGAUCUUAAUGCCUAUAAAAAACAAGGAAUGGCAUUGCUCUCCAAGAUGGGAGAGUCCGUAAAAUAUGUCACAGGUGGUUACAAACUCAGAAGUCGACCGCUGGAGUUCGCAGCCGUUGGAGACUACCUAGAUACAUUUGUUCUCAAGCUUGGAACCAUUGACAGAAUAGCACAGCGGAUUAUCAAGGAGGAACUAGAAUACCUGGUGGAACUGCGAGAGUAUGGACCAGUUUACUCCACCUGGGGUGGGUUAGAAGUGGAGCUAGCAGAACCCCUGGAAGGAGUGUCUGCCUGUAUCGGGAACUGCUGUACUGCUCUCGAGGAACUGAGUGAUGACAUGACGGAGGACUCCCUGCCUGUACUCAGGGAGUACAUCUUGUACUCUGAGUCCAUGAAGAACGUGCUAAAGAAAAGAGACCAAGUUCAAGCCGAGUAUGAAGCAAAAUUGGAAGCUGUGGCCUUGAAAAAGGAGGAGCGCCCCAAGGUACCAGCAGAUGUUGAAAAAUGUCAGGACCGAGUGGAAUGCUUCAAUGCUGACCUGAAAGCCGACAUGGAGAGAUGGCAGAACAACAAGCGCCAAGAUUUUAGGCAGCUGCUUAUGGGAAUGGCAGAUAAAAACAUCCAGUACUACGAGAAGUGCCUUACGGCGUGGGAGUCAAUUAUACCACUAUUACAAGACAAACCAGAGACCAAAUAAGAAGCUCCAUAGCCCACAGACUUCUCUACACAAGUGCACAGUACCACUAAACAACCUACUGGGGCUGUAUGAUGCACUACUCUGAGAGCUACCUGAAAAGUGCCAGCUAUGCCCAGUCUGGUACAGACCCAUUGAAAAGCAUUUGGACUUUUCCUCUGUGUUUAAACCGGUAUGUUUCAUCUUUUGAGUUACAUUAAUGGUUCUUUCUUCAGCCUGUGGAGUGAUCUUGGGCUUGUAAUGGAAAUACACAGGGAUCAAGUCGCUUCUUGAUAAAGAAAACUUUACCUCUUUAUUCCAGAAGAACUAAUGAGUGGAAUACUAAAAAGAUGAAAAUAAAACUCUAAACUGCAAGGUGCCAAUAUGACAUCUUUAUUACCGUCCUCUUUGUUUGCUAAAUAAGGGUUGAUUCCCAUGAAACAGUGCCCACCAACCCACCCUUCUUCUUUUGUGUGUGUGGUGGUGGUGGUGGUUUUUUUUCCUUGCUGGAGAGGGAAUGGCCAGAAGUGGACACUUACUACAAUUUGUAAACUCCCUGGAUUACGCAAUUUUGGAGCUGGUUCUUUGUGUGGGAGUUUGGGCUAGUCCUAGAUUAGAACAUACGGCCACUUCUGCAGAAAGCUCAUGAUGCAAACCUGAACUGUGGUUCCUGAGCGUGGCGUGCACUCUGUUCAUAUUGACUAUCCCAUACUCCUUUGUUUACCUUUGGUGAUAUGAAGUAAUGUAAAUUGGCUGAAGUGCACAUGUGACAGAUUUGGGGAUCAAAGGAGGACUGGCCUGGGGCCAGGGGGUGAGUGUAUGCUGUAGCCUUACAAGUUGUCAUGGGAACAAACACUAGUCUGUUAACAUUUUAUCCCCAAAGUGAGCACAGACAGUUCUGUGAUAGGAUUCUUUGAUCCAUGCUUUCACUUGUUUUCAGAACAAUCUAAGCUAGGUCAGAAUCCCUCUCAAUCGCCCUCUGGCUUUAGGCAUUUAAAACAUGCCCAUCAUAGUAAGGAUGGGUUCUUGGUUUUUUUCUCUCUUUCUUUCACAGCAGCCAAAACCCCCAAAGUGUCAAGUAUUUGCUGACACCAGGUAUCAUUGUGCAUGUGUGAAACUUGCUUUAAACAUGUCAAUGGCAGGUGGUAGAGAAAUAAUCUUUUCCCUGUUAUGUACAUUUAGUGGUUAUGUUUGUCUCUAUUGAUCCUCAUUGAAAGGUCCUCUUAAGAGUUGCCCUUUUUUAGCUAUAAAUCUAUUUUCUACCAGGUUUUGUCAACCUUCUAGUCUGCAGAAUCUCUCUUCCUUUCCUUAUCCAGUCUCUCCAGUUCACGGCCUUUUGUUGUUAGUGGCUUUAGUACCUUCCAAAGGCAGGAGCGCUAUCAAGACGGGUUACAGAUACUUUGAAUCUGUUAAGUCUUCGUUUGCUGCUUGACCAGCUUGUUUCCUCCCAUAGGAGCUCCAAGAUUUAAUUAUUUUUGGCAAAACAUAACUGUAAUAUUCAGGGUUCUAGGGUCAGCAAAGAGACUUUUAUGCUUUUAUAUCCCCUCAUUUUCUGCCAGAGAUAUUGGAAUGCUCCGUUGAUCCCUGGCACCAUUCUGGCAAGGAAGUCAAAGUUUAAUUAAAAAAAAAAUAAUAAUAAAAUAAAUUCUUAUUUGUAUCCCUUUUACAAAGACCAUGUAAAUUCCCUUUUAAUUUGUGGAUUGUCCCCAGUUAAAAUAAAUGCUAUAAAAUAGACCUGAAGUUUCUUCAGGUCUGCAUUGUCUCUGUUCAAACAACUAUUACAUAAAAGUUGUGGCUGUAAAAUUAUUAACAUGGGGGGGAUCACUGGGGAUAACAUUUGUCACGUUUAAGGCAAUUUUUCCUACUUGACCAUAUCAUUUUCAUUUGAUGUAGUUUUGUGAAUCUAAACCUGCAGUCCCAAUUUGUCAGCAUACAUUUGCUUGGUGAAAUCAGGGACCUUGCCUCAGGUGGGUGGUUGGUUGGUUGAAAUUGCAGUAUAGUAAUAAUAUUCUGUUAGUACAGGGAGGGAAGACUUUAAGUAAGAAAUGAUUCUCUAUCUGUUUUUUUCUCCCUUAAACCUUUGUCUAUUCAUCCUCUCUCCAAUUGUUUGAUAUUAGGGUUUGAUAAUGAAGGCCUAGUUGAUUUGCUGGGUUGUAUGGGAUAGGAGUUGUUCUGAUUUGCAGUGUUAUGCUUUUUGUCAUUAAUUCAUAUCAUUUAGCAGAUGAAAAUGAUUGAUAACAAAAGGUUUCAUGUGGUGAAACCAGAGAAUUGUUUAACCCCUCCGCAUACCAUUUCUACCCUGCUAGAUUGGUUAGGUUUUUGAACAUAAUUGGCUCUGAAACAUCAGCAUAAACCUAGGGUCAAGUAAACUUGUCUUUAGCUUCCCCAAUGAGCAGGAAAGACUGAUUAGGGAUUGAGAAAUGACAGCUUUUUCUAGCCCUGUUUUCUCACAGAAUGAUCAGCUAAGCUGCAUUUCUGCUGAGCAUUUAAAAAAAAAAGAAAGGCACUUUUCCCCAAGAGAACAUUUGAAAAAUGUAGGGGCUCUGUUUAGAGGGGAGUGAAUUUAAUCUAUUCCUUUUUUUUUUUUUUUCUUUUUUCCCCUUCUUCUUCUGAGUUCCCAUGUUCAUGCCUUUUGCCCUCCAGGCUUAGUUAGAAAACUGAAGACCAGUCAUCAGCUUGUAGUUCCAGGGUCUUGGUUCUUUAAGUACAUUUGCCAUUUCUCAGAAAAUACAUACUGUACAAGGUACUGUUAGCAAAGGACAUUGCAACAUCAGGUAAGGAUUGUAGUAGGUAGCAGGGGAGGUUUUAUAGCUUCACUUAAGGCAUUUAAGUACGGUAACAAUUUCACCUACUGCAAAGAUGGUGGGGUGUCCGGCAACAGACACCUAAUGUUUUACCUAAUAUUUACACUUAAUAUUAACGUUCUGCUGCACAGUCUCUGGAGCCAGUUGAUUUUUAAAUUACUAAUCAAGUGAAUGAAGUGACUUCAGGCCUUGUUUGUUGUCAAGCAAACGCCUUUUGCGGGUAAGCCAUUAGAACGCUGGCCCUUCCUCGACAGCCAGCCAAUGGCUAGGAAUGGCUCGGAAGGGUUUACUGUAAGUACACGUGUAUCUGGAACCCUUUAAGGAGGAAGACAGGUGGACUGCAAGUUUGGGUCACAGAUCAGAGGGUACAGGCCCUAGAUCAUGUUGCAGGUUGGAUGCUGCUCUAGUGUGAAGCUGACACUGCCGGCUGCUAUGCUAAAUAACAUAAAUCACGGUUUAAAUUGGAAGCAAGCUUUUGAAAUGUGUUGGAAAAAGGGAGUUCUUACUUGUAACUUCAAGUCAUACGAGUAGGAUAUUGUGUGAUGGUUCCCUCUUAGACACAGCUAGCCUGUGAUUGGGUCUGUCGUAACGAAUCCUCACAGUAUGAACCACUGUGUGAAAAUGGUGGCGAGCCAGGUAUUGUUUCAGAGUCUGAACAGAAGAUUUUGUGCCGCAUGUUAGUAGCACAGAGCAGACCAACUGACUUACAAAAUGACAAGUGUUUUCAGGGCUGAAUUCAGUUGUCACAAGUGACUUGUUCCUAUUCAUGCUGCAUCAGAUCCUGCCCCUUGAAAUGUAGGUUUAAAAUUCUCUUGCAGUUCAUGGUGUAUGUGUAGCUAUCUAUUAGGGCCCAAGUUUGGCAGUGUAUAAAUAGUCUCACUAAUUUUUGUGACUGUAGAAAAGCAAGCCCUUCACAAAUACUGAGCAGAAAUCCAUUGAAAGAGUAACUUGGUUUCACUAUAUUUAUUUCCUUUAAUAAUUGUUUAAGCAUCUUUCAGUAUAUCCCAAUGGGCUUUUUUCUGUGUACACAGAUUGAUCUGGUUCAAAUUGAGUGACUCCAUAUUGGUUAGAAACUCCGAUCAACCCAAACCGCGGAUACGCACUCCAUGGAGCUGAACUUUCUGUGGCUUGGGCCCCAUCUGCAGCUUUAAAGCUUAUGUUUCCUUUUAACAAAUCUUGCUCCACAGCUGCCCUGUGGUGCACACUGAUCCAAGGCAUGUGCAGUUUCUUGCUGUCUCUCCAUUACUUCUGAUAGGUGUGCAAUUUGGAAAGUUGUAACUCUUGAAAUGGCACCAGCACAUCCAGGCAAGCACUGUUUAGCUCCAAUUUUUAUAUAUAAUCUAUCUCUAUAUAAUCUCUCAUCAGGAUUUUUACUUAUGCAAUAAACUUGGAAGACUUAAGAAAACAAAAAAUGAUGGCCUUCUCAAGUAAUCAUUUAAAAUGAAAGUUCUCCAGGUCUGUUCCAUUUCAUAAAGCAGUCAGGUCUUUCCUUAACUACUGGUAGUUACCAGAGGAUAAAUUGUGGUAUGUUUAUACUUAACACCAAAAUGACUGCGUCAAGGAACUUAUCACAAAAUGUGAUGGUUAUAGAGGGAGGAGAAGAGGUGGAAAGAAGAAAGAAAACUAGGAAAAGCUCAGCAAGGGUUUAAGUUGUGUGAAUGUGCAGUUUAUCCAUCAAUGAGUUAAUGCACUGGCCUUUCACCUCGGGAAAUAUGGCUUCAGUGCCAAGUGCAACUUGAUGGCCUCCAUCGCAAACCUUUGUCUGCAUCACUAAAGCAUUGCAGCACAUUGGCAUAAAUGGAAGGCCUUGACCUAGGGAGGGUCUACAGGUAGAACUGGUGGUGGUGUCGAGGGAGCUUUGUGGUGAUGCUUUUGCGUAGCCUGUCCACACUUACAUACUUGUUUCGGCCUUGGUUCUGCAAAUACUUACGUAUGUGAAGGGUUCCGUUCAAUUCAGUGGGACUAUUUGUGUAUGUUUGCAGGAUUGGGGCCUUAAUCCAAUUUACCCAUUAAACUCAAGAAAUGAUGCAAAAUUAAAAGAAAAUGUGCUUCAGACUAUUAAAUGGAAACUUUGUCUUCAAUGCAUGGUGCUUUUGACCCAGUGCUGGUGUGCGCAGAGCUGUGGGCACAAAUUCCGAGUUUUAUUUAACAAGCUGUUUGAUGCUCAGCUGCCUUAAACACUACAAGGUAGGGAGACAGUCAUCUUCCUUUUCGGUUUUAACCAGCUUUUUUUUACGAUAAACAAUUGAAGCUCAUUCAAGAAGGGAAAUAACUGGGGGUUUUUUUGGUUCGUGUUUUUGUUUUUUUGUUUUUUUUUCAGGAGAAAAAUUACUAGUAUUUGCCAAAUACAUUUCUGAUGUGAAACUGGGCACCUCCAGAAUAUUUUGGUCUUUCUGGGAUAUAUGAAGGUUUAAAUAAAUAUUGAUAUUUUAAAUGUAUUUUUGUCACUUUUUAAAAAAAUUUUGGUUGGAAGGAAUAAUAGAUCAUUAUUGAUAAACACCUGCUCGACACUACAGUCUUGGCAGGAGGUAUUUGAUACAUAGAAAUAUUCACAAUUAACAGUAUUAGUUUGGGGUUAAGGCAGAAAGUGCUUAUCAAAAUCGUAGCCUUUUGAAUAACUCCUUCUUACACUAUAACACCAAAAAAUAUAAAAAUCAAGCGUGCUUGCGUCCUCCUGGACCUGGAUAGCUAAGGCCCUAAUCCUACAUUCAGUGGUACAGUGAGACACUUAGGUCAAUAGAGACAAGGUUCUGUCUACACAGAUUGCAGGAUUUGAGCAAGUCACCCACACAGCAUACAACUAGGUGAUGCUGGGUUUUGUUAUGCAACCGUGAACGAUCUACAGUAUUUCAUCUCUUUUUGUGGGUGGAGAUUGGACAAUGUUGUCCUGUUCAUACUACUUCCUAUGUGCCUGCACUCAUGGCUCCCUUUAACAUUCAGGGGAGUUUAUGCCAUGAGGCAAGUUAAUGUUGCCAUGAAAUUUAACUUCUGCCAGCACAUUUUUAGGAAUUCAUCCCUUUUUGUUGCUCCGCGCGUGACACCAUGAAUGCCUAGGUGCCCAACCAGUUUACUGUAUUUUUGACUUUUUGUAAAAACAAUUACAGAAACUUUUGUUUUUUCAUACUCUAGUCACCCUCACAUCACCUCCCAUACCAGGAUAAACCAAAAUGAAAGCUGUGAAGACUUGUCCUUGUGUGUGAAUUAGCUAGUGGAUGAUGUACAGAUUGGAGAGGUUUUUGUUUCCUACACUCAACCAAAUUUAACACUGUUUUGCUUUUCUUGUUAAAGUCACAGGAUAUAAAAUGUCUUUGAUUUCAGGUGCUGGCAUGUUUCUGUUCCUUUUCAUUUAGCUCUGUAUAAACAUACUCUGUGCAUUGUUACUAUGGAACUAGUAUUGAUAAAAACACUUUGAGGUAAACUAUUUGUAAUGCUUGAUAAUUAUUAGUGUGUACAUUUUUUUUAAAGACACUGUUUCUUUACCUCAAUUAAUUUAAAGGAAUGGACCAAUAAAUGUAUUAAAGGAUGAUUUCUUUACCUAA